UUGAUCAUGCACCUCAGAUGAGCAUUUGCUGAAAGUCCCCAGCCCAAUGUUUCUCACAUUUGCAGAGUGCCAUCAAGCUUGACGCCUUGAAAAGAUCGUCGACCGCUUGGAGCCUGCCAGAAUAGUACUGCAAGCGUCAGCGAGAGGAAAUGUAGCCAGUCAAGCCAAGGGGCCCCGUGAUCCAUGAUCGGUGGGGCAACCCCAGGGCCUUCUCUUUGGGACCAACAGCCAUUUGAGUGCAGGGCCAGUGCACCGGUGCCAUGGCGAAGCCGUUGGGGCCGCUACCGCGGUAUGGGCUGAUCGGGGGGAGCGGUGUGCAGGUGCGGGGCGAGGACCGCUGGAUCGUGGACACGCCCUUCGGGCCCUGCGUCCUGGCGGCCAUGGACCCCGAGCGGCGGGUGCUCUUCGCCAACCGGCACCUCUGCACGGAGGUCAACGCGGAGACCGGGGAGGUGGAGUAUGCGCCGCCGCACAUGGUGAAUUACCGGGCGCUGGUCUGGGCGCUGUCGAGCUGCGAGUGCUCCGGCGUGGUCUCAUUGAGCAGCACUGGCACACUGCACCCGGAGGAGAUCCCCAUUUGCUCCAUGGUGGCUGCAGAGGACUACUACAUGGUCACUCCCCAGCCGGUGACGUUUUGGGGGAAUCCGAAGAUCGGCGCCUUCGAGAAACCAGAGGGAGGCUUGGGGCGCAUCCACUACUCCCCGGCGGACCCGGCUUCGCGGGCGGAGUGGGUGGCGAAGCUGCAGCGGAUCUUGCAGCCCGUCCUGGCGAAAGUCAGGGACAAGGUGAAGUUUGCUAAGGGCCAGACGGCGACCAGCUGGCCAUUGGUGCAGGAGGAGGAGAUGGUGUACGUGAACACGGUGGGCCCCCGCUUUGAGACUCGAGCAGAGAUCCGCAGCUACCGGCCCAUCGGCCACGUGGUGGGCAUGACUGCGGGUAACGAGUGGAUGCUCUGCGAAGAGCUCCAUAUACCCUACUUCGUGCUGUGCUGCUGUGACAAUGCCUGCAAUGGCCUGAGUCAACACCCAGGGGGAGCUUUGCAGGAGUACCUCGAAAACAAGCAGGCGGUCUCCGACGUCACCGCUGCGGUGGUGUACCAGUUGGUUGAGGGCUUAACGCAAGAUGCUUGAGAGGUUCCUCGCUCUCUCUCUCUCUCUCACUCUCUCUCUCUCACUCUCUCUCUCUCUCUCUGUCUGAAUCCGGGCUUCUUGUCUUCGCAAUGCAAGUGCCUGAUUUUGGGCCUGGCAUUCCAGGGAACUUAAAUAAGCGGGAUGUCUGUGUAUGUUGGACAAGCCACCCA